CUUACUUCUACAACACAUGUCACGGAUAUAAUCCAAGAUGGAAGUCGCUAGAGCACUGAGUAACAAAAAACAGGCAGCUUUUGGAGUACAGUCGUUGUUGUGUUUUGUCGUAUUGUCUUUAGCAUGGCUAGUUGGAUUUGCUAGUAGAUUGUUUGCAAUAAUUCGAUUCGAAAGCAUUAUUCACGAGUUUGAUCCAUGGUUCAAUUAUAGAGCAACCCAUCAUCUUGUUUCUCAUGGAUUUUAUAAUUUUCUCAAUUGGUUUGAUGAGAGAGCUUGGUAUCCUUUGGGAAGGAUUGUUGGGGGAACUGUAUUUCCAGGAUUGAUGGUGACUUCUGCAGCCUUGCAUUCAUUUCUUGGUAUGCUAAACAUAACAGUUCACAUUCGAGAUGUUUGUGUGUUCUUGGCUCCCCUUUUUAGUGGAAUGACUGCAAUAGCAACCUAUUUUCUUACCAAAGAACUGUGGAAUUCAAGAGCUGGGCUAUUUGCUGCUUGUUUUAUUGCUAUUGCUCCAGGCUAUAUAUCUCGCUCAGUGGCAGGAUCAUAUGAUAAUGAAGGAAUAGCAAUUUUUGCCUUGCAGUUUACAUAUUUUCUGUGGAUAAAAUCUGUGAAAACUGGCUCAAUCUUUUGGGCUUCAUCAGCAGCUAUAGCAUAUUUUUACAUGGUAUCUGCUUGGGGUGGUUAUGUUUUUAUCAUAAAUCUUAUACCAUUACACAUCUUUUUUCUUUUGCUCAUGGGACGUUUUACAUUUCGUAUUUAUGUUGCCUACUCAACCUUUUUUAUAAUGGGACUUAUUUUGUCCAUGCAAAUCCCGUUCGUUGGCUUUCAACCUAUCAGAACCAGUGAACACAUGGCUUCUGCAGGUGUUUUUGCUCUUCUGCAAGCCUAUGCAUUUCUCAAAUUCCUUCAAAAUCAUUCAACCUGGGCUGAAAUACAAGAGUUCUUUCAUCUCAUAGUGGCAGGGGCUGCUGGUCUUGUUUUUGCUGUCGUUGUUUUUCUUACCUACUUAGGUUAUAUCGCACCUUGGAGUGGGCGAUUUUACUCUCUUUAUGACACUGGAUAUGCAAAAAUUCAUAUUCCUAUCAUAGCUUCAGUUUCUGAACAUCAACCUACGACUUGGGUUUCAUUCUUUUUUGAUCUUCAUAUCCUUGCUUGUACCUUUCCUGCUGGUCUUUGGUUUGUCAUAAAGAAAAUUAACGAUGAAAGAGUAUUUAUUGUUUUGUAUGCUGUUACUGCAUCGUAUUUUGCCGGUGUCAUGGUGCGUCUUAUGUUAACUUUAACUCCAGUUGUGUGUGUGCUGGCAGCUGUUGCUUUCUCGGUCACCUUAGAUAACUAUAUCCAUUCUGACUCGAUUCCAAUCAACGAAGAUGACGAGGAUCGUCAAGAGGAGCAAGUGGAAGAGCAGAAAGACAUUGAAAAGAAAAAGCCAUCCAGAAGUAAAGGUGGCAUCAAAACUAACAAGAGAAAAGAACGUCAUUCAUCUCAGUCAUCGGUGACGUCUAAAAUGUUUGACGAAAAAGAGAGUGAAGAGACGAAAUCUACAGAUUCUUCAUCUAAUCUUGGAGGAUUUGUGGUGAUGUGCAUGUUGUUGACGCUGAUGCUUUACGCUGUUCAUUGUACUUGGGUGACUAGCAACGCCUACUCAAGUCCAUCUGUUGUUCUUGCAUCCACCAAUUAUGACGGGAGUCGAAAUAUUCUAGAUGAUUUUCGGGAAGCUUAUUUUUGGUUAAGACAAAAUACACCUGAUGACUCCAGAGUGAUGUCGUGGUGGGAUUAUGGCUAUCAGAUUGCUGGUAUGGGCAAUAGAACAACUCUUGUCGACAAUAACACAUGGAAUAACAGCCACAUUGCCAUGGUUGGAAAAGCAAUGUCAUCAAAUGAAACAGCAGCUUAUAAAAUUAUGCGUUCAUUGGAUGUCGAUUACGUCUUGGUUAUAUUUGGUGGAGUCAUUGGUUAUUCAGGAGACGACAUAAACAAAUUUUUAUGGAUGGUCAGGAUAGCUGAAGGCGAACAUCCCAAAGAUAUUAAAGAAUCUGAUUAUUUUACACAAAAUGGCGAAUUUCGUGUCGAUGCUGGUGGUUCACCGGUUUUACUGAAUUGUUUAAUGUACAAAUUGUGUUAUCACAGGUUCGGGGAGCUACAGUUGGACUUCAGAACACCGUCAGGAUUCGAUCGUACAAGAAAUGUUGAGAUUGGAAACAAGAAUGUCAAGUUAAAGUACUUAGAUGAAGUAUUUACGUCAGAGCAUUGGCUUGUUCGAAUUUAUAAAGUGAAAGAUCUUAGCAACCGGUACGAUAGCCAAUUGAAAAGACGAGUCACUAAUCAUAUACCGAGGAAUCGUUUCUACUCGAGAAAGACCAGCUCCAAACAGAAAGGAAGCAUAAAAAAUAAACAUAAAUUCAUCUUGGGUCAAAGAAUUAAAAAGAGAUCCAAAAAAUUGAAAACAAGGAAGACAAAGAAGUCAACAUAGAAUGCGCUCUCAGGUUUUUGCAACAUGUUUAAAUUGAACAUUGUUUUAAUUCCCGUUUGUUGGAAGUGAAAUUCAAGUUGUGAAAGUUCCAUCGUUCUAGCAUUAAUAAUGUAUUCUCUUAAUUCACUUGAGUUUGCUUUUUAUUAUAUUUCCCUGAAUGAUGUUUGAAUGUGUUUAAACGAAGCUUUUAUAUAUAAAAUUGAUUUUUCUCCAUCUA